CCAGGCGAGGAGGAGCCUUCCCCUCCCUGCCUCAGGCCGACCUCCUUGGACAUCUCCUGUAGUGAUGCACCUUGUGUGCCGGGGCCGUGCACGCGCUGCUUGCUUGAUGUGGAUAAUCUUAGGCAUGCUGCUCCGAGAGGUGGACGGGAAACCCGCAGCCCUGCGCAGCCGGCGCUGAUACCCCAGCACAGGCCUCGAAGCUACCUGUCCCGCUUGGCCUGGCAGAGCAGGAAGGCCGCCUUUCUCCAUCUCUUAGCCUCAUCUUGGCCAAGACUCUCAGCUCCUGGCUGCUUGGCUAUGCGCGUUUCCUCCCCACCUCUUCCUUUAUCCUGUGUCUCUUUCCUUGCCGAGAUGGGAAAAGAUCCAGGGAUAAAAGUUGCCCCCUAGCCAUUUUCCAGGGUAUCCGAGAGCAAUGGUGGCUGCUGGGCUGCUGUGAGGGACGGAGACCACGCUGCUGGCUGCUUUCUCUUUGCUCCUUCCCCUCUGGCAGCCGUCACUCUUAUCCCUUGGGCCACUCGGGUCACACAUUGCUUGGGGAGGAGUUACUGUCAGAUCCUUGGGAAAGCGCACAGGACUUCUGGGAUAGCCUGCAUAGGGCUGGGUCACCCUGACCCUCUCACUGAACUCCACAUGGACUGCCAUCUAAUCUGUCAGUCACCUUAUCUCCCAAGGGGCUUUGAUGAGCUCUCCAUACUAGGCUUGCUGCCUGGGUAGUGAGGGGAGGGGGGCGUUCCCCACUCACUGACUCAUGACUUCUCAGGGCCAAAGGUUUUGUCUGGGGAGAGGUACCAGUGAGCUGAAUGAAACUUCACAAGGCGGGCAGGGAGGAGGGGAGAGGCGAGGCGGGGGGAGAGGUGAGACCAGAAGCUUUGAGUCCGUGUGUGACUUUGGUAUGCUUCCUGACAUUGGGUUUGAAAGGCAGCUGUGGGUCUCAGAUAUCCCUAGCCCUCCGUGCUUGUGGAGCUGAAUUUGAAUGGAAAAGAAAAAGAGAGGCCUCUGCUGUGCUAUUCUAUCCUUGCCACCACUGAGGUGACAGCGGCAAGGCCACUAUGAGCCUGGUAGCCUGUGAAUGUCCACCUGGCCCAGGCCCGGAGCCAGAGCCCUGUUCACGGACUCGGUCCCAGGCCUGCAUGUACCUGGAACAGAUUCGUAACCGGGUAGCUACAGGGACAGCCGACGUGACCAAGCGUGACUACCUGGUAGACGCAGCUACACAGAUCCAUCUGGCGCUGGAGAGAGAUGUCAGCGAAGACUACGAGGCUGCCUUCAACCACUACCAGAAUGGUGUGGACGUGCUGCUCCGUGGUGUGCAUGUUGACCCCAACAAGGAGAGAUGUGAAGCUGUGAAGCUGAAAAUUACCAAGUACCUACGGAGGGCAGAGGAGAUCUUCAACUGCCACCUCCAGCGGACACUGGGCAGUGGAGCCAGCCCCAACACGGGUUUCAGCAGCCUGAGGCUCCGGCCCAUCCGCACACUGAGCUCUGCUCUGGAGCAGCUGAAGGGAUGCAGGGUCGUUGGGAUCAUCAAGAAGGUGCAGGUGGUUCAGGACCCAGCAACCGGAGGAACCUUCGUCGUGAAGAGCCUUCCCAGGUGUCACAUGGUGAGCCGGGAGCGGCUGACGAUCAUCCCACAUGGUGUUCCCUACAUGACAAAAUUGUUGCGGUACUUCAUGAGUGAGGACUCUAUCUUCCUGCACCUGGAGCACGUGCAAGGCGGCACCCUUUGGUCACAUCUACUCUCCCAGGCCCACUUUCAAUACUCUGGGCUCAAGUCUGGCUCUGCCCAGGAGAAGCCGAAAGCCCAACUCAGCACCAGCCUUAGCCGCAUGACCCCAGUAAAGCUCGAACCAGGCCACACCUCGAGGCAGGACAGAAUCCCAACAGAGCCUCCAUGGACUUCCCAGAGCCUUCCCCAAGCCCUGCAGCUUCAGAAAGAGGCUGACGCUGAACCUUCAUCCAGGACCAGUGCUAUCUGCUCUUCAGACCUCACAGAGGCCCCGUGUGGCCACUUGCACAGUCAAGUCAGGCGAGCUGGCCAGAGUUCGAACCCAGCACCCACACAGAGGCUCCACUGGGUACGAGAAGGGGCUGACAGGGUGCUAGGGGCCUAUGGCCGAGGCAGGGGUAGGAACCCCCCACCAGCAAACAGGCCCAGCCUGGGGAGCGGAAGAGCUGCCUGGAGCCUGAGGGAGGGACAGGUGAAGCAGUGGGCAGCUGAGAUGCUGCUGGCGCUGGAGGCGCUGCAUCAGCAGGGUGUGCUGUGCCGGGACCUCAACCCACAGAACCUGCUCCUGGACAAGGCAGAAGGUCACAUCCAACUCACAUAUUUUGGCCAGUGGUCAGAAGUGGAGCCCCAGUGCAGCCAGGAGGCUGUGGACUGUCUGUACAGCGCUCCAGAGGUUGGGGGGAUUUCUGAGCUGACUGAAGCCUGUGACUGGUGGAGCUAUGGGUCACUUCUGUAUGAAUUGCUCACAGGAAUGGCACUGUCCCAGAGCCACCCUUCAGGAUUCCAGGCCCACACCCAACUCCAGCUGCCAGAGUGGCUCAGUCGCCCAGCAGCCUCCCUGCUGACGGAGCUGCUGCAGUUCGAUCCCCAGCGGCGCCUAGGUGCUGGAGGUGGAGGCACCAGCAAACUUAAGUCCCACCCCUUUUUCAGUACUAUCCAGUGGAGCCGGCUAAUGGGGUAAGAGGUGGGUAAGUGGACAGGACAGCUGGCCUGGCCCCUCUCCUCAGUGGACUUCAGGGGAAGAACAUGGGGCAGCAGCCAAUUUUUCUGCUCACAACCUGCUUGGGCCUCAGACUGACAAGCUGCUGGAAGGGUGGAGAGAUGCACCCUGCCGAGCAACCUACACACAGGUCAACAGAUACCUGCUGAACACACAGCUGUACCUUUAGCUGGGACCUAGUAUGCUAAAGGGUGCCUUCUGUUGCUCUAGUUCCAAACUGCUCAACACUUGCUGAGCCAACUGACAAAUCUGGGGACACUGCCAUUUGUAUACCACGUAGGGCAUCUCUGGAGACAUCUCAGGACACUGAACCUCUGGCUCAGUAGACCCAAACCAGAAUUGUCCUGGGUCCACUUUAGUCAUGCAACCAAUGGGCUGCUACAACCAGACGCUGUUCCUACAGGGGUCCAGGUGCUAGGAAGGUGGUUUGGCGCAUCAUAGUAUAAUCCACUCCCCACUCCUGACCCUUAACUUCUGAUUUCUGACUUUGGAGAAUAAAAUUAAGGGAAAGAGAAGCCAGUAGGGGUUAAGAGUGGGAUAAGAAUGCAGUUGUACCACUUAAGGAGUUUGAAAACAGAAUAAAACGCUUUAUUCUCUGGCUGGCUCUCCUGUGUCAAGAAGAGCUUGCUCCACAGGACCAGCAGUUGGCUCUUCUCAGGUGUUGGUUGUUUUCCACUCUGCAUUUUGGUAUGAGCUUCUAUUCAAUUCACUGCCUGCUGACUUUUAGAAUGAGAUACCAAAGAAUAUAUGGACCAAUUUUACCCAGUGCCUUCAGAUAGGUAUUUCUGGUCUCUGAACUAAGUGGUAUCUCCAAAGACAGCCCCCUCCCUAGGUCUGAGGACUUGCCUCAAGACAACCCAGUCGCUGGGGCAUGGUACAUGCAACAAGUUUCACUUGACCAGUCCCCACAUUGUGUGUGUGUGUGUUUGUGUGUGUGUGCGCGCACGCGCGCGUGCCUGUGCAUGCUCUGAUCCUCCAAGUGCCUGGGGUCUGUCUACCCUCUAAUAAAGCCUAUUCUUCCUUUGG